AUGGACAAUCGUAUUAUUACGGGAGAUCAAAAUAUUGCGGCUUGUUUCAAUGACUAUUUUGCUACAAUUGGGCCUAAACUCGCUGAAAAUAUCACCGAGAAUGGCGCCGAUCCCUUGCGAUUUGUAUCUCCUAUUAAAAAUGAUUUUUGCUUCAAAAACAUCAAUGCCUCUGAACUGUCCGACACUCUUGCUCAAAUUAAGACUAAAAAAUCACCAGGAAUCGAUGGUAUAAGUAUUAAACUGUUGAAAGCUGCUGGGAGAUAUAAUAUUUGAUUCAUUGGGUAGCAUUUUUAAUCUAUCCUUACAAACAGGAAUUUACCCUGAUGACUGGAAAUUGGCUAAAGUAUCACCAAUCUUUAAGGAUGGUGUAAAAACUGAGUGUGGCAAUUAUAGACCAAUUUCUGUGAUUUCCAUCAUAGCCAAACUGUUUGAGAAAUUAGUAUGUAAUCAACUUAAAACCUACAUGAUGAAUAACAAUAUAAUCUAAAAAUCAGUCAGGUUUUCGAGAGCACCACUCCACGGAAACCGCUUUACUUGAUUUAACAAACGAUUGGCUUCAUAAUAUGGAUAAUGGUUUAUUGAACGGGGUUUUGUUUCUGGAUUUUAAAAAGGCGUUUGACUCAGUCAAUCAUAACAUACUACUUUCCAAAUUAGAGCUUUACGGUAUCAGAGGAACUAGUCUGAAAUGGUUUAGAUCUUAUUUUAGUAACAAGAAACAGAUUUGCUCUAUUAAUGGUAAGCAAUCAGAUGUAAACGAACUUAAGUGUGGAGUUCCACAGGGAUCCAACCUUGGGCCGUUUUUGUUUCUCUUAUAUAUUAACGACUUGCCCAGAUGUCUCCAAACUACUAAGGCUAGAUUAUUUGCAGACGAUACAACUCUUUCCAUCAGUGCUCCAACCGUAGAUGAAAUUGAAUCAAAACUUAACCAUGAUCUUUUGAAUGUUAACGAAUGGCUCAUUGCAAAUAAACUUACACUAAACGAAACGAAAACUGAAUUUAUGAUAAUAGGUUCACGCCAGCGAGUCCCGUCAUUUGAGCUGGGCCCCAUAAUUAAACUUGGUAAUCAAGUUAUUAAGCGUGUACUCAAUAAAAAGACGCUUGCCGGUGUAAUUUUAAAUGAACAUCUAACUUAGAACAAGCAUAUCGACGAACAAAAUAAAAAGAUUUCAAACAAUAUUGCUUUACUAAGGAGAGCUAAAUGUUUGUGCGUGAACAUAUCCUUAAUAAAAUGUAUAAUGCAUUUGUAAUUCCGAAUUUCUAUUACUGUUCCACUGUUUGGAACGAUGGCUACAAAAGUAAACUUACAAAGCUAUCUAAACUUCAAAAGAAAGCGGCACGUGUGAUAACCGGCGCUUCAUACGAUGUACGGUCCAAUGAAAUAUUUCGAAAACUUGAUUGGAUGCCAAUCCAUAAAAGCUUAUCUAUUCGAGAAAAUAUUGUUACUUUUAAAGCACUUACUGCUAAUUCUCCGAAUUAUCUCACAGAAAUGUUUAAUUUCUGUUCAAACGAAACGUACAACUUGAGAAGUAACUUUUGCCAACUUUCCCUUGAGAAACCUAACACAAAUUUUCUCAAAAAAAGUUUCUCAUAUAGAGCGGCAAAAUCUUGGAACAAUCUCCCGGAUAACAUUAGACAAAACGUCGACAAUAUCACACUAAAUGUUGCUAAAUCUAUGCUCAUCAAUCACUACAGAACCGAUUAAGUCCCUUUGGGUUAAUUAGUAAUAUCAGUAGAUUUUUACUAUAAUUAGAAUAAUUAGUUGUUUAAUGUAUUUGCAUAUAUUAUAGGUGAAGCUGACCAGUAUGUAGGCUUCACUAUUUUGUAUUAUAGUAUUAGGUUAAUAUAUGUUAUAUUUUUUGCACGGCCCAUUGAAAAUCAGCGUAGCAUGCUGAAUGGCUACCGUGCUUAAAGACUUUUAAAGAUUAAAGAAGAUUAAAGAUUAAUUAAAUCUUAGUUGAAAUAGCUGUGUACUUAUGCAUCAUAUACAUUAAUCGGUGCGUAUUGGUAUACAGUAGCCCCCAGCGAGUUAACGCUCUAUAGAGCGUCCUGUUUAUGAUAAUUUCACAUGUGAGAAUUAUCGCUUUACAAUUAGCACUUUUCUGUAAAAAUUAUCGCUUUUCAAAGACUGUCCUUUAUAUAAUAAAAAUACUUGGAUGCUUGGAAAUACCAGAUUUAUUUCUCGUGUAAAUUGAACAUAAUAUCUCACUCGUUUGCCGCGCUCACUUGUGAGGUAGCUAUCAUGUUCAACACUCGAAAUAAAUCUGGUAUUUCCUCGCACCCAUGUAUUAUUCUCUAUAUAAUCACCUCAACGGUAACCAACCAGCGUGAAGAAUUUUCAAUAAUUACCUAUAUGUAGUUAUACUAAUAUGAGUUAAUGUAUUUCUCUGCCCAGCCCCAUAAGUUCAGCACUAUGACUUGACAUUAGUAUAAUAAUGGUAUUUAUUUUUAUAGUAUUUGAUCCAUGCGCUCAGAACAAUUGUGACGGCAAUGCCGAGUGUACAGCAAACAAGGACAAUUUAUUUAACUGUACAUGUAAUUCAGGUUACAGCGGCAAUGGUACAUUUUGCGAAGGUAUGUAUUUAAACAACAUGUGAAUUACUACAUGUAUUUAUACGAUUUUUCAGGACGAUCUUUUUGGAUGAUGAUAAAGCCCGUUUUCGACUAGGCGAAUUUGUUCGCGCGGAACGAAGCGAAAAUAAAAUCUUGGAAAUCUGAUUAUUGGUCAGCGAAAAAAUUCGCUGCGAAAAUAUUGGAUGAGUUCCUACUUUUUGAGUGUUCGCGCGAACAAUAUCUUCUAGUGGAAAAUGUCUGGAGCUUUAGCCAGUGUGCUAUAUCUAACUGAAUGCGGAUAUUUCGUCUUCAAAACUUUAACAUGGACUACUAAGUAUGGUAGUGAUUAGGAACAUUGAUGCAAAUUAUGGAUGCACAGGUUAUCGUACGUAUAUGUAGCUGGAUAUCCGAUCAAAUAGGGGAAUAAACUUCUCUGGUAUGUACCAGAAAAUCGAGAUUGUCCAGAUAUUAUUUUUAAAUUAAAAAUUCAUUUGAGAGGAUUUAAAAGGUUCGUGUUUCAUAUUCUAUCUUGAAAUGAUCCUAGAGAAGCUGGUAGUUCUUCCAACAACCAGCGUGCGAAUUAAUUUCCAAAAUUGUAUAGGUCAUGAUAGUUUUGUCGACAUGCACAAAGAUUUUUGAGAUACUUUUGAAUGAAAUGCUGUUGAUAAUUGAUAAGACUGACUGGAAAGUUGACAACCAUGCAUGUUUAUAAGAAUGUUAAACGGCGAUGUUCUUUCCAAUAGUCUCAAGUCGGAAUAUGACGAACACCCAUACGUUAUGACUAAAUAAUAUUUAACAAUUAUUUGCCGAAGGCGAGCUGAGUAUCGGGGAAUUUUUAGACAAGUUUUUUGUGUUUUGGUGGACUGAAUUUAUUUUAUUUUCGCUUAUUUCUUUAUCAGUAACUUCCACAAAACGGCUAGCCUGGCGUUUGUAAAUUUCGGUUUUGUUAUAUUCACCUGUAUAAUACUUCAAAUUUGACCAAUCAACUAGUAGGAUUUGUUAUGUUCACUUGUGCAAAAAUACUAAUGUGCUUUAUUUAAUUAUCCGGCCAGAUAAUCCGGUAAUCCAAUUUCAUUCAAUAUCACCAUCGUUGGCUUUGAUCAUUCUCAGUUUCUAACGCCCGUAUUCUAAAAGCUCACUCACACUCACAUUCACACUCACACUCAAUGAGUGGAGGUUCAAUCUGAGUGUCAGUGCUGUUUUUGAAUAGCUGGAUGGUGUGUAAUCACAUAGUAAGAUACGACACCUUCCAUCAAGCUAUUCAAGAACAGCAUUGACACUCAAGAGAAGCUCAGAUUGAACCUUCACUCAUUGAGUGUGAGUGUGAGUGAGCUUUUAGAAUACGGGCGUAAGACGUCAUGUUAAUAUCAGAUUGAUGGGCAAUGUGCUCAUAUUGACAUUUUCUAUUACUGUAGAUAUUGAUGAAUGCAAUGGUGACACGUGGCCUUGCCAUGUGAACGCCACGUGUGCUAAUGACAUUGGGAAUUUUACAUGUACGUGUAAAGAUGGAUUCGAGGGCAAUGGAACACACUGUGAUG